UAAUAUAUGUCAAGUGAUCAUAUUCAUAUAUAUGCUAUUUCUAUGUCUCUAAUGAUCUGAGUAAUUCAGAAUUAGUAGUCAGAGUAGGUUUCUUGCAGAGAAAACAACUAUUCAAACCCUAAACCUCCAAAUCAUUGCUUCCCCUGCAUGAUAGAUGGAUACUGGACUUGUCACCAUCCAAGAACCAGUCUCUACUAAGACACAUGUUGGAGAAGCUCCUGCAGGAGUAAUACUUGACGACUCAUCCAUGGAAGUACAUAAGGUGAAACUGAGUACUGUUCUUGAUGAUGAGAUCACUAGUGGUGAUUGCAGAAACAAUAUUAUUCCGGGCGAGACAAAUGUUUCAGAGAUUGUAAAUGGUUCAGGGGAUAAAGAAACCGAAGAAUUAAAACGCGAAAAAGUUGAAGCGACAAAGACUAUGUCGAUUGUAGAAGACACUAAGAUCGUUAGUGAGACAGAAAAGGAUGAACAAGGCUCUAUCUUUGUACAUGAACCUGAAAGUUUGAACAAAGACAUAGAAGAUGCAAAGAUAAUCUUAAGUGAUGUGACUUUGGAGAAGGAGAAAGAAGUCAAUAUUACCGGGAAACCAGAAGAGGUAAGUGUCGAAAAGCCUGUAAUAGAAGAAGAUCACACAGAAACAAAACACUCACCAGAACAAGAGGAUGAGAUUGGUAAUAUCUCUAAGGCCCCGGAAGAGAUACCGGUGAAGACUGAUGAAGUUAAAGUAGAAAAAGAUUCAAGAACUGUUGAGACCUCUGUAAAUGGAACAGAGUCCGAGCACGAUGCAACGGUCUCAGUAGAAGAAAUCUCGAGGAAUGGUGACAACAUUGUGAAUGAAACAGUUCCAGAAAAAGAAACUGCAACGGAUGGUGAAUCACUACAUGUAAUUGAAACUACACACAGAGCUCUUCCUGAACUGGAAAAAGAAGAAGACAAGGAAGAGACGAAUACAGAUGAAGAGCCGAGGGUGAAUGCGAUGGAGAAAGUGGAAACAGAGACUGUAAAGACAGUUAUAGAAGAACCUGAGAUUAUUUACAAAGAAGAAACUGCAGUUCUUGAACCUGUAAGCAUGAAGGAAAAUGCAGAACCAGUGGAAGCAAUCAAAAACUCAGAUGAUGCAGAGCAAAUCUCACAUGAAGUGACUGUAGACAAAGUCAAGGAAGAGGACAUAACCCAAAAAACAGAAGAGGAGCAAGAAAGUAUAAGGGAAAUUCAAACACCAACAAUAGAAGGAGAAGUUACUGAAUCAAAAGCUUCAUUAGACCAGGAGGAAGAGAUAGUUAAAAUCUCAAAGGAGACUGAGGAACAAGAACAUGUGUUGGUGAGAGAUAUACCACAAGGCGAGACGCUUGUAACUGAAUCUGAGACAGUAGAUACCUCAACAUUCCAAGAAGCCGAGAUCUUGAAGACUAAUAUUAAUGAAACAGAGCCACACAGUGAAUUAGGAGGAGAAGAAGAAGGUCAAAAGACAGAGGAAAACACAAAACCAAGUCAAGAUCUGAAAGGAGAUAAAGAACAAGAAGAAACAGAGAUUGUAAAGACCGUAACUUCAUCUAAUAAGGUGGGAUCUUCUGAUGUUCAAGCAGAAGUACAUGGUGAGCAUACAGAACCUUGUAGCUCGGAAAUCAAAGAUGAGAGACAUGGAGGAGAAGAAUCUACUGAGGUAAAAACUAAAGAGACAGUUCCAGAAAAAGAAACCGCAACAGAAGCGGAAAAAGAAGAAGGCCAGGAAGAGAUGAUAAUUGAAGAAGAACCACUAGAGAAAGUGGAAACAGUGACUGUAAAAACAGUUAUAGAAGACCCUGAGAUUGUUUACAAAGAAGAAACUGCAGUUCUUGAACCUGUAAGCUUGAAGGAAAAUGCAGAACCAGUGGAAGCAAUUAAAAACUCAGAUGAUGCAGAGCAAACGUUCCAUGAAGUGACUGUAGAAAGAGAAAAUGAAGAGGAGAUAACCCAAAACACAGAAGAGGUGCAAGAAAUUCCUAGUGUAAUCGAAACGUCUACAUUACAAGCAGAGGACAUUGAACCAAAAGCCUCACUAGAAACUAAGGAAGAGGUAUAUCAUAGCUCAAAUGAUACAGAGGAACAUGAACCUGUGUUAGGGAGAGACGUACCACAGUGUGAGAACCUUGAAGUUGAGGCUGAAGAGACAAAAGAAGAAACAAAACCGAGUCUGGACCUGAAAGAGGAUAAAGAAAAAGUGGAGACAGAGACAGUUAAGACCGUAAAUCCGGCUGAUGAGGUAAGGUCUUCUGCUGUUCAAGAAGAAGAAUUUGGUGAACAUACUGAACCUCUUAGCUCGGAGAUCAAAGAAGAGAGCCAUGGAAGAGAAGAAUCUGUUGAGGUCAUAUCUUGGGAGACUGUUCAAGAAGAAAAAACUGAGGAGAAGCAUGAGGUUCUUCUUGAUGUACCAUCUACAGAAUCAAAGAAGUAUCAAGACAGUGAACCCGAGACAGCUGUAAUCUCUAAUACUGAAGAGAAAUUUGAAGAGAUUCCAUCAGAUCUUGCGUCAAAUAUAGAGAAAAAUGAUCUCCAGGAUGAGAAGAUAAAUGUAGAUAAAACUGUUGGAACUCAAAAUUUGGAGGAACAAAGAGGCCUAGCCACGAAUCGGGAGGAGGCAGAGCAAAUUGAUCAAAACAUAACUGAUGAAACAGAGGAAAUCCCGGUUGCAAAACCGGUUGCUCUUCCGGAUGUAGAAUCCGUUGAGAAGAUGCAGAAGUCAUCAGUUGAGUCUCCUUCUGAAGUAUCAGAGGAAUCAAGCAAAACUUUAGAUGAGAAGAUCGAAGAAAAACCAGAAGAAGAAGAAGUAACACUAAAUCAAGAAGGUCAAGUGGAUGGUUCCUGUGGAUUAUUAAAAACAGAAGAGACAGUUUCAGUACCAAAGAGUAGUGAGCCUGGAGAAAAAGCUGAGGAAGAAAGUAGUGUGAUCGAUAUGACUCCUUUACAAGAAGAAUCAUCUCCACCAAAUGAGCAAAAAGAAGAAAAAAAGUUAGAGAAGUGUGAACCAGCAAAUGAAGAAGUUAAAUCUGACGAAGUUAUAGAAGUUUCAUCUGCACCACUUUCAAAGGAUUUGGAUGUUGACACCGUUUUUGAAGCCGAGAAGAUGGAAAACAAAAAAGAGAAUGAGGAAGAACCAGCAGCAGUAGACAAUAUGCAGAAAAUUCUUGAGACUGUUGUAGCAGUUGAACCUCAUAGUUCAUUGCCAUCUUCUUCAGCGGAGCAAGAACAUGAGACUGCUUCUGAGAAAAUAGAAGAAAAAAAAGUGGAGGAAGAACCGAUGGUCCAAAUAAAAACUCAUGAGAGACAAGAGGAAGUUCCUAUGGCUGUAGAGGAGCAGACCAUAGAUAUUGAACCUUCUUUGACUGAAAUAUGCUCUAGGGAUCAGAAUCAGCCGGAGGAACAAGUUGAAAAGGCAUGCUCCAGAGAUGAACAAGAAAAGGAGAUCUCGAGUAACAGUGAGAGCAUUGCGAAUGAAACAUAUGCUUUGCAUAGCGCAGAAGCUGCAGAAGAAGAAACUGCAACAAAUGGUGAAUUAUUACAUGAUGUUGAAACUACAAAAAGAGUUCUUCUUGAAGUCGAAAAAGAAGAAGAAGAGGCAGAGUUAAAGAUAGAUGCAGAACCAAGGUUGGAUGCGAUAGAGAUAAAGGAAAUAGAGAGUGAAAAGACAGUUUCAGAAGACAAGAUCGUCAAUAAUGAGGAAGCUACAGUUCAUGAAUCUGAAAGCUUGAAAGGAGAUGAUCAUCAGGGAGAGAAUGCAGAAUCAGUGGAAGCAAUCAAAAACUCAGACGAUGCGGAGAAAAUCUCAAGUGAGGUGACGAAAGACAUAAUAAAAGAUGAGGAUAUAACUCAAACGUCAGAAGCGGUGCAAGAAUGCCCUAGGGUAAUCGAAAUACCGACAACACAAGGAGAUAACAAUGAAUCGAAAGCCUCACAAGAACUUAAGGAAGAGGAAGAUCAAAGCUCAAAGGAUACAGAGCAACAUGAACAUGUGUUGGAGAGAGACAUACCACAAUGUGAGACCCUUGAAGGAGAGGCUGUAGAUACUUCAACAGUCCAAGAAGCUGCGAUCUUAAAUACUUUGGAGACCAAUAUUAGUGAAACUGAAACAGAGGCAGUGCAUAGUGAAAUGAGUCUAGACCUGAAAGUGGAUAAAGAACAAAAGGAAGCAGAAACAGUAAAGACUGUCAUUUUUUCUGAUGAGGUGAGACCUUCCGAUCAAGUUGAUGUUCAAGCUGAAGAAUUUGGUGAACAUACUGAACCUCGUACCUUCGAGAUAAGCCAGGGAAGAGAAGAAUCUGUUGAGGUCGAUUCUAAGGACAUCGUUCAAAGUGUGAACAGCGAGGAGAAGGAUGUGAAUCUUCUUGAUAUACAAUCUGGAGAAUCAGAGAAGUAUCAAGAAAAUGAAUCUGUUAUAUCUCUAGUAUCGAAGAUGGAAAGUGAGGAUAAAUUUGAAGAAUCAGUUGAGACCAAUCACAACCAAACCCUUGUGGAUGUUGAAUCAGUUGAGAAGGUGCAGAAGCCAGCUCUUGAGACUCUCCCUGAACCAUCAGAGGAAACAAGCAAAACUUCAGAUGAGAAGAUCGAAGAUAAACCAAUAGAAGAAUUCACAUUGCAUCAAGAAGGUAGAGAUGAAGGUUCUGAUGGAUUCAAGAAAACCGAAGAGACGGUUUCAGAACCAGAAAGGGAACUUGGAGAAAAACCUCAGGAAGAAGAAUCUUGCCUGCAAAAUGAGCAAGAAAAGGAAGUAGAGUUGCAGAAAGAGCAACUAGACAAGCAUGAACCAUCAAAGGAAGAAGUUUCUAACGACCAACAGUGUCCUGUGGAAGAAAAAUCUGAUGAAGUUAUACAAGUUUCAUCUGCUUCACCUUCAGAGGGACCAAAAGAUGAGACCGUAGUUGAAGCCGAAAAGAUUGGGGAAGAACUAGUAGCAGACAAGAUCCAGAAAGAUUUUGAGUCUGCUGAAACAAGUUCAUUGCCAUCGUCAUUGGAGGAGAAAGAGCAUGUGACUGUUCCAGAGAAGAAAGAGGGAGAAGAAGUGAAGGAUGCAGAACUGACAGGAGAUAUGAGCGAGAAAGAUCUUGAGAUUUCUGAAACAACACAUCUGAGUCUUCCAGCUGUUGAUGAGAAAGAGGAUGUCAAAGCUAAAGAAAUUCAGAUUCCAUCUGUUACAUUGCCAUUGGAUGAUCAGGAAAAGGUUAAUUCAACAGAAAACGGAGAAACAAAGACGAAUGAAACUGAAGAUAAUAAACCAGAUGAACAUGUCGAUUCUUCAACCUUGCCAACAUUCUCAGAGAAAAACGAUGAUGAAACUCUGAUUGGAGAGGCAAAGAAAGGAGAUGAAGAGAUAACAGUAGGCACCUCAAGGACAUCACAAAAUGUAUGCAUGCAACAAGAAGAUUUUGAGAAACUUGAAACUCCAAAGCUAGAUGAAUCUAAAGAGGAUAAGAGCCAAGAUAUUGCUGAGCCCAUCAAAGAAGUUGAAGCUACGAGUGAUCAGGCUCUUCCCAUUGAAAACUCACAUGCAGAUAUAACUCCAUCCUCUGAAUUAGUGUCAGAACUAGAUGACCAAACUCCAAAGCAGAUUGAGGAUAUUGAUGAGAAAGAACACAAAGUAGAAGCUACGGAGGGUGACAGGAAUCUUCCGGUUGAUACAUCAGAGGCAUAUCAGACUCCGUCCUCUGAUUUUUUCUCAGCACUAAAUGGCCAGACUCCAAAGCAAGUUGAGGAAACUCAUGAAGAAGAAAGAAAGGAAGAACACAAGUUACAUGCUGAAGAAAUCCUUCCUACCGAAAUUAUUCCAAGAGAAUUAUCUGAUGACGCUCUAGUUUCCAUGUUAGCUUGUACGGAAGACGGUCAAGUGACUCUGCAAGAUAAUGAUUGCGUAGAUGACGUUAGAGAGACAAAGGACACACAAGAGGAACGACCUGUUUCUGUGGAAAUAGAAGAGAGUGUAGGAGAAACUAAGCCAAAAGAGCCUGAAGAUGCAAAGCGGGAUGAACAUUUCGACAUUCCAACUUCAUCAAUAAUCUUGGAGAAAAAUGAUAAUGAGACACAGAUUGUAGAGGCAAAGAAAGGAGAUGAAGACAUAAAUGAAACAGAGACAACAGUUGCUUUAGAAAUUUCAGGCACCUCGUCAACAUCAGAAAAUAUGUCCUUUAAACAAGAAGAGUUUGGGAACCCUGAAGCUCCAAAGCUAGAGGACUCAAAAGAGAAGAUCCAAGAAAUUCCUGAGACUGACAAAGCAAUAGACGCUACGAAUGAUCAGAUUCUUCCAGUAGAAAUAUCACAAGAAUAUCAUACCCCAUCCUCUGAUUCAGCUUCAAAGAAGGUUGAUGAGGUUCAUGAAGAAGAAACAAAGGAAGAACAUACGUUACAAGUUGCCGUCGAUCAGAUUAUUCUAGCUGAAACAUCAGAAGCAGAUCAGAUCCUAUUCAAAACUGCUCCACGAGAAUCAUUCAGUGAAGCUCCAGUUUCCAUGUUAGCUUCUGGAGAAGACGAACCAGUGAUACCACAAGAAGAUAAUUCUGCUAUUGACACACUCGAGGAGAAACAUGUUUCUAUGGAAACAGAAGAGAAGGUAGGAGAAACAAAGCCAAAAGAAUCAGAAGCAGAAGGAACAGAAAAAUCAGAUGAUCAGGUUGAGACUUCAACUAAAUUCACUGAGGUAGAAGACGAAAGUACAGAGAAAACGGAUGUUGCAGUGGCAGAGCUAACAAAUGAUUAUCCUCCAAAGGACGCAGAGAAUGGAGAUGAUACUUACUCAACUCUUCCAGUUGUUGGAAUCUUGACAGAACUCCAAAAUACAUUUGAGACUGAGAGAACAAUCAAUGAUUCUGCAUCAGCGGGAGACAACAUGAUUAAAGAGCCUUCAGAUCAAGAACAACAUGCAGUUGAUGCUGGCGUUGAAUCAAAUGAUAAAGAUCCUGCUACUGAGAUCAUAGAAGCAAACAGGUUACAACAGGAUGAAAGUGAAGAAGCUGAAAAAAUCCAGGAAGAAAAUGGUCUUGCAGGAAAAUCUCUUCCAAUAGAAGAAAUCAAUCUGCAAGAGGAGCAUAAAGAAGAGGUUAAAGUACAGGAUGGUAUCAGCAGAGAGUAUGAAUUCAACGUCGAAGAGAAAUUACAAGAAGAAACUAGCGCGAUUUCAGAGUAUAAGGAAGAAAUUCCAGCUGAUCAGACACUUACAGAAGUGUUACCUGGUGAGAAAAUUCUGAUUCCAUCUUCUGCGUUGCCUUCUGAUGAGCUAGAGGAUGUGAUUUCUCCUGCAAAGCAAGAAGAAUACAAGCUAAAACAAGAUAUCAAUGCUUCAAAAUCAGAGAAGCUAAAUCUACAAGAAGAGCAGAAGGGCGAGACUCAUGAAACUGUCAAAGAAGAGAAUCAAAUUGCUGAUAUAAAAGAUGAAAUUAAGAAUGAGGAGGAACAAGAAAUUAUUUCAUCAGAUGUGAAUAAGGAUAUUGAAGAUGCGAGUGAGCUUGGACUUGGUAAUGAUUUUGUUUCGCGGGGUGUAGAAAAAGAGGAACUACCUCACAGUGUCCCGGAGAAUGAUGAAGAGAUCAACGAGGUAGUCAAAUCAGAGAAGCAAAUUACAGAUCCAGUGGGAGUCAUAACGAAAGCUAGUGAAGCUGAGCAUGCAUCAAAUGAAGUACAUGUUGAAACUCAAGCAAUACCAGAUGAUACAAAGAGCAACGAUAAUAGGGAUUUUUCAACAGAAGUACCAAAGGUCCAAAGAGAAGAGGUUAGUGCUGAUAAAUGUCUCACAAAAGAAGUACUAAGUGAGGAACUUCAGGUUCCAUCCUCAACAGUACUAGAUGAUCUCAAAAAUAAUAGUAACCCUGAAGCUGAAAGGGAUCUUUCAGUACAGAAACCAAGUGAACUCAUUCAGUCUCAUCAAUCUCCCAAUCAGGUUGAAGAAACUUCUUUUGAAGUCAAGAAAGCACAAGAAGAUACAAAUACCAAUGCUUUGAUAACGCAUGAAAACGUUCAAGUGAAAGAUCAGCCCAAGGAAUUUGAAGCUCCUGCAAUGGAUAAAGAGACACCUGAACAAGAGCAUAAGUCGAUUGAUCUCACAGAUGUCCAAAUAAGAGGUGGUGUCCAAGACAUUGGUAAAAAUGUUAAAUCGGAAGUUCUUGAGGAUGAAAUAAUAGAUGAUGACCAUGAUUCAGUUGUGGCGCUAAAGGAAGAAACUGGCUUAGUGCUAACAAAGGAGAAGAGUGAUGCUCAACAUGUGAAGACAGUGCAGGAAGAUGCAAUCAAACAUGGAGAUUUCGCAGAAGAGAAGAAAGACACAUUUGAAAAGAUUGAUCACGAAGCUGCAAAAGAGAUUUGUCAAGAAGAGAUUAAGCAAACAUAUACUGUCGAGGAAGAGAUCAGAGAAGAAUUGAAGGAAACAAAUCAGGACUGUUUCAACAAUGUGAAGAACACCCAUGAUGCGAUAGAAAAAACACAACCCGAGAUUCAAGAUAUUGAAAGCUUGUCUUCUGUCAGCAAACCACAAGACAAAACAGAGCAAAAAGAUGAAGUUACAAACCAACAAGAAAGGGAAAUAACUAAUGAAGUUCCAAAGUUGGAGAAUCCAAAGAUUGCAGAAGAACUACAGCAAAAAGAUGGAGAAUCUGAGAACACCAAAGAUUUGUUUUCAGAAGUAAAAGAAACUGGACCAACAUUGAAAGAACCAGCAAGGAAAUCGCUAUCAGACCUCAUCCAAAAAGUGGAAGGAAUAAAUAAGACUGAAGAUGCAACAACAGAAACUCAUAUCAAAGAAGAGCCUAAAACAGUAGAAGAAGAUGAGAAUGAAGAUGCAGAUCAUGAACAUGAUAAAGAUGAUAAAACAAGUCCAGAUUCUAUAGUGAUGGUUGAAGCAAAAGAUACAGUUAGCAUUAUCAAGACUCAGAAGAAAUCACAAGGCAUUCUCUCGGGAGUUGGUUCAAAGGUAAAGCAUUCAAUUUCCAAAGUUAAGAAAGUACUCACUGGCAAGUCUUCUCACCCAACUAAGCCUUCAUCACCUAAAUGAGAGAAGAAACAAGAAAAAACGUAAUCAGUAUCUAUAAUGGUUUUUUUUUGGUUUGUUCAUUAUUUUGAUUGAUUUUUUCUUUUGUGAAUAUUACAGAUGUUUGUGGGGUUUCUUAUUUUCACAUGUUCAAUAAAUUGCAGAAUGAAUUGGUUUGGUUA